CUCCAUCUCUACAUUUGCUCCCUCUGGGGCCCCGCCCGCCCCGGAAGCAGGGAGAAAAGCGGGCCGAGCCCUUCCUCUCCCCGCACCGCCCGGAGAGGUCGGGUAAGGGAGACGGGUGUGUGGGAGGGGGAGUCUCAGGCCUGGAGGAUCCGGCUGUCAUCCCGUCCCGGGAUCGCGCGAACCCGGGAGUUCUGUCCCUAGGCUCCUCCGUCUCCGUCCUGUCGUGCUCAGGGUGACGUGCCCACCCUGGGCAAAGAGCCAGAAGCUGGAUCUCAGGGAUGCCCGGGUCCCUAAAGGAGGCACAGACCUGGAGACUUCUCUCACAGGUGGUCCCCCUCCUCCAGGCGGUGAUGACCCCCAAGCCAGCCGGACCCCCGGACGGGGGCUGGGGCUGGGUCGUGGCGGCCGCAGCCUUCGCGGUGAAUGGGCUCUCCUACGGACUGUUACGCUCCCUGGGCCUCGCCCUCCCUGACCUCGCGGAGCAUUUUGACCGAAGCGCUCAGGACACUGCGUGGGUCAGCGCCCUGGCCCUGGCCGUGCAGCAGGCAGCCAGCCCAGUGGGCAGCGCCCUGAGCACCCGCUGGGGGGCGCGCCCCGUGGUGAUGGUUGGGGGCGUCCUCACCUCGCUCGGCUUCGUCUUCUCGGCUUUCGCCCGCAGUCUGCUGCACCUCUACCUUGGCCUGGGCGUCCUUGCUGGCUCCGGCUGGGCCCUGGUAUUCGCCCCUGCCCUCGGGACCCUCUCCCGUUACUUCUCCCGCCGUCGAGUCUUGGCCGUGGGGCUGGCACUCACGGGCAACGGGGCCUCCUCGCUGCUUCUGGCGCCCGCCUUGCAGCUCCUCCUCGAUAAUUUCGGCUGGCGGGGCGCCCUGCUCCUCCUUGGCUCCAUUACCCUCCACCUCACCCCCUGUGGCGCCCUGCUGCGACCCCUGGCGCUCCCUGGAGACCCCCUGGGCCCACCCCGAAGCCCGCUAGCUGCCCUCGGCCUAGGUCUCUUCACACGCCGGGCCUUCUUAGUUUUUGCUCUAGGCACGGCCUUGGUGGGGGGCGGGUACUUCGUCCCCUACGUGCACCUGGCUCCUCACGCUUUAGAUCGGGGCCUGGGGGGGUAUGGGGCGGUGCUGGUGGUGACGGUGGCUGCCGUGGGGGACGCGGGCGCCCGGCUGCUCUGCGGGUGGCUGGCGGACCAGGGUUGGGUGCCCCUCCCGCGGUUGCUGGCGAUGUUCGGGGCCCUGACAGGGUUAGGGCUGCUGGCGGUGGGUCUGGUGCCGGUGGUGGGGAACGAGGAGAGCUGGGGGGGCCCCCUGCUGGCCGCGGCUGCGGCCUACGGGCUGAGCGCCGGAAGUUACGCCCCGUUGGUUUUCGGCGUGCUCCCGGGGAUGGUGGGCGUCGGCGGUGUGGUGCAGGCCACCGGGCUGGUGAUGAUGCUGAUGAGCCUGGGGGGGCUUCUGGGCCCUCCCCUGUCAGGCUUCCUAAGGGAUGAGACAGGAGACUUCACCGCCUCCUUCCUCGUGUGCAGCUCUUUCAUCCUCUCUGGCAGCUUCAUCUACAUGGGGCUGCCCAGUGCGCUGCCCUCCUGCCGUCCAGCCUCACGUCCAGGCACCCCACCCCCUGAGAGGGGGGAGCUGCUCCCCAACCCUCAGGUUGCCCUGCUCCCCCCAGGAGGCCCUCACUCCACUCUGGACAGCACUUGUUGACCAUUUUCUUGUUUGAGCCUCGCCCCCAAUAAAGACUUUCUAUCUGCUUUUGUUAGGCAAUCUAGGAUGCUGCAAACAUUCUACUUAAAAUAUCCAAAAAGGCUGGUUGAUAGGAACAGGAUCCCCCAAGCCACGCGAGGCAGGAAGGGUGUUUGUCUAGUCAGUCCGUUUCUCUUUGCCCAAGUUCUUGCCAUUAUAACAGGAAAUCUUUGAGAAACUGUCUGCCUAUCAGCUUCAGUUUGUUGGAGGAGGGGGGUGCUCAUGGGUGCUAGCUGCCCCAUCCUCAUUUCCCAGAUAACUCUCUCCUGCAUUUCAGUCUCCUACUGGCCUGAUGAAAACAUAAGAAUCCCAGACCCAGACUUCAGCUCUCUUAGCUUUAUCUCCCCCUCCCCAGCUAGCACCCCCCACAUGUCCCUCACCAUUUUCUUAAUUUCUUUCCUAAGUUACAGGGGAUAGUGGGAAAGAGGGAGGUCAGUGGGCAAGUAGGAGGAACUGUGAUCCAGAGAGCAGAGUCCAGGGUUAAAUGCUCUGGGUCACCAGAGCUCCUGGAUACCUCCCCUCCAGUCCCCAGCGUGACCCCAUUCAGCCAACCCAGGCAUAUGGGACCCAAUUCUUUUUGAAGUUCUGAUUAUUGUCCGGUUUUCUUAUUCAGUUUUAUCUCAAAGGGGCAUCCCUCUUUCCCAAAGAUCUGUCUUCAGGGAAGAAAUGUGGGAGGCAACACCAGAGAUCACAUGUAAAACAUGAUAAGUCUCUUGGCCUUUGAGUUUCCACAGUCGAUUCACAGCUCAGUGGAGCAGGCUGAACUCCUGGAUCCUUCAGAAAAGGUUGUGCGAGCGAAGAAGAGAUAAGACAAAAUACAAAGGGUUGGCACACACAUCGCAGGAGCCCCAGGCCUGCUCUGGGGGGGAGGAGGCAGAUAACGAUGCUUAAGGCACUGUGGUUCUGUGGGUGCCAAGAUGGGGCAGAAGACCUGGAGCCAACAACCCCUGGGUUUCUGGGUCUGACUCCCCCUUCCUGGAGUUCAGUCCUCUCCCAGCCCCUCCCUGGGCAGGGGGACUUUGGUAUCCAGUGCCUCUGUUACAGGGUCCUGGGGCUUGGAGGUAGGAGCUGACAAGCAGAAGAAGUGGGGCAGAGUGAUGAGAACUCCACUCCCUGCAAGAAGGAAGGCCCCAGCCACCACAAAAGAAGCUGUGUAGGUGCCUGUCACAUCCCGGAGGUAGCCUAGAUUCAAGAGAGAAAAAGAAUAUACAUGGGUGAUCUGUUUCCUGGGACUCAGACACAUUUUGGGGUGGAGGGAAGAAAAUAAUCCUUAACCCAUCAUCUUGGAGAAUUAGAACUCUCAAGGUAGGACUGGAUGAGCUCGAGAACUCAGGCUUCCCAGGGGCCUCAAAAGGCCAUUUCAACCACCUUCCUGCUUUCAGAAAGGAUCUCUGAACCAGCCAGUGGGGAUUUGGGGAUCCGGAUGGAGUCAGGCACACUUGUGCCUUUCUUUCCAGUAGCUGUGGCCUUCUCUUCCAUGCCUUCAGUUAAUAGUUAGGAAAAUGUUAAGGGUCUGAAGGUUCUGGCAUCAGGAGCCUGGAGAACUUUGACCAGAUGGCUCAGACCCCUGGCCUGGGGCCCAGUGGGCCAAGGGAAAAGGCAGACACUGGCAUGUUAUGUCUGGCCAGGUCUGACCAGGUCCUCUGAAAACCCCAACUGUAGGUACCCUGCCACUUUGGACCCAUUUCAGGGCUGCUGUGAUUGACCAUGCAGGCUGUGUAUGUACCAUACCAGAGGGCAGUAUUCACAUAACUAUAAUGUCAAUUCCCUCCCUGAAUGGUAUGACGUGGCAGCCCGCACCCACCUGGAAAUCCCAGUCCCCUUACCUGAUAGAGGAGCCCCCAGCAGCCCCCCGAUGCUUUCUACCAUCUGCACCAGUCCCAGGCCACAGUAUAUCUUUCCAGUUCCCACCAGUUCAGGCAGCACGGAGAAGGCCACUGGGGUCAGGGCCCCUGAUGUGAAGCCAUAGGCCACAGUCAGAGCCACCAGGGCUGUGGGAGCCUGAGCCGCAGGGUACAGGGCCAGUAUCACCCCAGUCAGGGUGGUCCAGAGCAUCAGGAGUCUUGCCACAGGCCCUGGGACUGCAUCCCCUAGCCACCCAGAAGCCACACGCCCCACAGGGUCAGAAAUAGCCGCCACUGAGAGCAGGAAGGCAGCAGGCAGUGGGUCCCAAUCUAGGUCCCGAAGAUGGGCCACCAGGUGCACGUAGGGAAUGAAGUAGCCAGUGUUGAUCAGGGUGAGGGCAACGGUGUAACGGAGGAAGGGGCCAUGAUGGAGAAGGUUGGCAAGUUGGGCCCCAGGGCCACCCACGACAGGGUCCUCGGCCAGGGAGAGUGGGCGGAGAAGAGCACCACAGGCCACCAAGUGGAGGGAGAGGGCAGACACCAGCAGCAGGGCCCCCCGCCAGGCGUACUGGCUGAGCAGCCAUUGGAAGAGUGGAGCAAAAGCAAAGGAGGAGAGGCCCACGCCCGUCAGUGCUAGCCCAGUGGCCAGGGAUCGCCGACGAGAGAAGUAACGGGACAGGCAGGCCAGGGUGGGAGUGAAGGUCAAGGCCCAGCCAGAUCCUGUCAAAAAGGAAGAAAUGGGGGUUGAGGGACCCAUAAGGAGCUCAGGGCACACAAUCAUCCCAACACUGCCCAGCAGCAGAAGGUAGCACAGGUGUAAAUUACAAUCCUAGCUUGAUACUUGCUAGCUGUAUGACCUUGUCUAUUUACUUAAUCUCCUAGCCUCAAUCUCAUCUGCAAGAUGGGGGUAAUAUACUUUAUGGGACUCUGGAAUGUUUGCAAAGUUAACUACCAUAGAACUCUGGAGUUAGACCUGGGCUCUACCAUUUCUGGCUGUGUGAACUUCACUUGCCAAGUUGCAUAAGCUUAAAGCCUUUCCUCAUCUGUAAAUAGGAUAAUGAUAUCUAUUUCACAGCUUUCACAUCUGACACAAUUUUACAGUAAUUCUUCCUUUUACACUCCAGUCCCACUAGCCCUGGGCUUGUGUCUUUGAAUUUCCUGAUUUCCCCUAACCUGUUUAUCAUUUUAGUCACCUCUCUUAAGAAUUCCCUUCUGGGGGAGUUUGCUGGUGGCGCAGUGGUUAAGAAUCCGCCUGCCAAUGCAGGGGACACGGGUUCGAGCUCUGGUCUGGGAAGGAGCAAGGGCCACGGAGCAACUGAGCCUGUGCACCCCAACUACUGAGCCUGCGCUCUACAGCCCGCGAGCCACAACUAUAAAUCCCACAUGCCACAAAUACUGAAGCCCGCGCGCCUAGAGCCUGUGCUCCGCAACAAGAGAAGUCACCGCCAAGAGAAGCCCGGCGCACCGCAACGAAGAGUAGCCCCCCCUCGAUGCAACUAGAGAAAGCCCACGCGCAGCAACGUAGACACAACGCAGCCAUAAAUAAACCGAUGUAAUUAAAAACAAAAUUGCCUUCGGGGCACAGGU